AUGCUCCUUGUCUUCUACCCAGCAGGCGGCUUCACCAGAGAACGGACUUGUCACAGUCAACUUUCUGAGGCCAGAGACGAGGGGGCCGUGGAAGGGAGAAUAGUAACACCUGGAAACGUUUCUGCAGUGGAAAGUGGUUCGGUCACCUUACAAUGUCACCUCUCACACACCGCGGCCGAAGUGACGCAGGUCAACUGGGCACGUCCGUACCAAACUCUGGCCAUCCACCACAAUGACUAUGGGUGGUACAUCACCCCAGACUUUAGGAAACAAGUGGUUCCGGGUCCCGGCCUGGGCCUCACGCUCCAGCGGCUGACCUGCAACGACACUGGGGAAUACGCCUGCAUCUAUUAUACCUUCCCCGAUGGGAUUUACCACGGGAGACUCUUCCUGGAGGUCCUAGGAAGCUCAGAGGCCAAGCACCGCGCUGGAUUCCAGAUGUCCUGGCUUGGAGCCCUGGUCACAGUUCCUGUGGUCAUCUGUACUGUAGCCAUUGGGCUGGUCACGCUGUCUAGAAAGAGGCGAUCUUUGGGAAUGCCGGCUGCAGGGAGCAGCCCCAGGACAAUGGCAUGCGAACAGGAGUACUCUUGUCUUGGGGUUCCUCUGUCCCCUGGAAGAUGUGGCCAGGCGGAAGCUGCCUCUGCCAACCCCCAGGAGGAGGAGCGGCAAGACGAUGUUGCACCGAACGAGUACUUUAACGUCCUGAGUUACCGAAGUCUGGGGAGUGUCAGCUUCCUGGUAGAGAGGGCUUAGGUCCCUGAAGAACCUUCUCGAAGACACAUUCCUUCUUUGUGCUGACAUGGACGGAUGUCUGCGCACC